AUGGAAAGCUCAAAACCAAAGGUCUUAAUUACAGGUAUAACUGGAUUCCUCGGAUCCUAGGUAUGCAAAUACUUUUUAGAAGAUGGAAACUACUCUGUCAGGGGUACAGUAAGGAAUAAAAAUGAUGAGAGGAAGAUGAAACCAAUUUAGCAUGCUUUUGGAGAAAAUAACUUUUCCAAAUUGGAAUUGUUUGAAGCUGAUUUAUUAAACCCAGAAUCACUUGAUAAUGCAAUAUAAGGCUGUGAUUAUGUAGUUCACACAGCAUCACCAUUGCCAGCCAUAGUUCCAAAAGAUGAGAAUGUGUUGAUUAGACCUGCUGUUGAGGGUACAUUAUCAAUACUAAGAUCAUGUGUCAAGCAUAAGAUAAAAAGAAUCGUCAUUACUUCAAGCUCAUUGACAAUGUGUGUUUAACCUUCAAAUAAAAAACCAGUGUACAACGAGGAGGAUUGGUCUGAUCCUAAUUCCUGUGCUCCCUAUGAUAAAAGCAAGACACUUGCAGAGAGAGCUGCAUGGGAUUUUCAUUCUCAGCUUUCAGAUUAAGAAAAAUUUGAAUUAGUAGUUAUCAAUCCUGCUUUUAUUCAAGGACCAGCUUUAGUACAAACUGAUUUUUCCUCAGGAAUAGUAGUGAGAAAAAUAAUGAAUGGAGAUAUUCCAGGAGCACCAAAAGUAAUGUUCCCAGUAGUGGAUGUUAGAGAUGUAGCUUUGGCUCACCUAAGAGCUAUAUAAGUAAAAGAAGCUGCAAAUCAUAGAUUUAUACUUUCUGAUAGAAGUAUGUGGUUCAAAGAAAUGGCUCAAGUUUUAGCCCAAAAAUACCCAUCUGGAUUUAAGAUUAAUACUUCAGAUAUCAAAUAUUGCACUCUCAAGUUUGCCUCAUGGUUUGAUGCUUCUGCUAAAACUCUCUUACCAUUCUGGGGUCUAGAAUUUGAAAUGGAUAACUAGAAAUCUAAAACCAUUUUAGGCAUUUAAUACAGACCAGCUAGUGAAGCUGUAAUUGAAAUGGCAGAAAGUCUUAUUCAAAGUGGAUUACUUAGGAGUAAAAAGAAGACUUAAUGCUCCAGUUGA